AAGUUUAAAAGUUAAAUCUAAAAAAAAGAUUAGCCAGCAUAUGUAAGACUUAUGUGUACGUGUCUCCGCCUUCGAUGUGACGUCACGGCACCGCGACUCCGCCCCCGCCAGUGGCCCCACUCUCACUGAUCAGAGCAACCCAGCUAGGAGAAACGUGUAGUUGUGUUGUGUUGUGUUCCUGAGCAGCCAUGACAGCAAGGAGGCUCCGCUGGUGAGAAGAUGGACAAACAGAAAGCGCUGGCCAAGCUGAUGUGGGACCUGCAGUCCUUCCUGUCCGUGCUGGACUCGGAGAACCUGAGCUACAUGGCUCAGGCCCAGAAGAAGUCCAUCUCGGAGCUGGUGUCGGCGCUGCAGACGUCGGACGCCGCCGCGGAGGACGCCGAGUACGUCGUCAUGAGCUGUCCGUCCUCGUCUCCUGGCAACCAGGCCCUGGCUCCGCCCACAGCAGGGGGCCUGUCGGAGUCGUCCUCCAGGCCGGACUCAAACGUGUGGAUGAGAGACGCUGUCACCACGGCGAUGCUCCGCCCACCAGGGGCUCCCAAAGCCACUGACGAUGACGAUGAAGAUGAAGAUACGUACGAGGAGGCCCAACCGUACUCGCGUGACGCUCCCGCAGAGGGGGCGGAGUCAGACAGCAGCUGCUACGAGUCUUACGGCGAGGAAGACGAGGACGGCGAGCACGUGAAAGACAGGGCUCACUACAUCCAAUGGAGCGCCUCCCAGCCCUGCCUGAGGCCCGCCCCCGAGUCCCGCCUCUGCGGCUACCUGUGGAGGAGGAGAUGGCUGGGCCAGUGGACCAAGCAGCUCUUCAUCAUCAGGAACCACUCCCUGAUGUGCUACAAGUGCGCUCGAGACCUUCUGCCUCAGAUGGAGGUGGACCUGAGAGGCUGUCAGCUGGUCUACAAGAGGAAGAGCAACAGGAGGGUCCAGCACCAGCUCAAGCUGCUCCUCCUGGACUCCCAGACCAUGGUCCUGGGCUACACCAGCUCACAGCAGGCCAGCGAGUGGCUGCAGGUCAUCGAGGAGCUGAGUGUCGGAACUGAGGAGCAGAACCUCUCGGGACCUGCACCAGAACCACAGUGGUCCUGCAGGUCCAGUGUGGUUCUGACCCACAAUGACCAACAGGAAGCUCCAAGUCCCAACAACAAGGACACAGGCUUCCUGAACGUGCUGAUGAACUGCCAAUGGCAGAGUCUGCUGUGUCGGGUGGAGGCGGGGCUCCUCAACAUGUUUGGCCAGGACCAAGGGGCGGGGCCCCAGAGGGGGCGGCGCCCACCCCAGUACACGCUGCAGCUGCGAGGCUGCAAGGUGCAAGCGGGGCCCGACGGCGAGCGCUCGCACAGGAUCACGCUGAGCACGCUGGGCGAUCAGGUGGCGGUGCUGGAGGUGAGCUCGGCGGACGAGAAGCGGCGGUGGAUGCGGCUCCUGAAGGAGGGGGCGGCCGGUUACCACGGCAACAAGACCCAGCAGCAAGCGGGCGCGGCUCUCAGCGGGCUGCAGGCCAACAUGUACAUGGACGACCCCGCCCACCAGCCCGUGUACUCCAACACCUCCCCCCUGGACCACAUGCUUCACAGCUCUCUGGACGCUCCGGUGACGUACACCAACCUCAGCCGGCACAGUGAGUUAGCAGGCUCCGCCCACCUCGCCGCGAACAGCGGGCGACCAAACAAAGUGUGUGCUGCCACAGACAGGAAGUGGGCGGAGACUCAACGCGGCAUUCAGAAGUUGGAGCUGGCGGCCAGGAAAGGGGUCCCGAUGAGGGCGGGGUCAGAGGUCAACCUGCCCUCCGCCCUCAAGCAGAACAAACGCUCGUCCUUUAGACAGUCGCUGGCCGUGUGCGGCGAGCGAGCGCAGGUGAUUGACACGUGCUUUGGUGAUGAUGUCAUCAACUUCAUCUUCUCUGACGCUCGCUUCUGGUCUUCACUGGUCACCUACUGGUUCUACUGGUCUUUGCUGUUCUCUUCUGGUCUUUACUGGUCACCUACUGGUUCUACUGGUCUUUGCUGUUCUCUGCCAGUCCCUAUUCAUCCCUGCUGGUCUGUGCCGAUCUCUUCUGGUCUUUACUGGUCACCUACUGGUUCUACUGGUCUUUGCUGUUCUCUUCUGGUCUUUACUGGUCACCUACUGGUUCUACUGGUCUUUGCUGUUCUCUUCUGGUCUUUACUGGUCACCUACUGGUUCUACUGGUCUUUGCUGUUCUCUUCUGAUCUUUACUGGUCACCUACUGGUUCUACUGGUCUUUGCUGUUCUCUGCCGGUCCCUACUCAUCCCUGCUGGUCUGUGCCGAUCUCUUCUGGUCUUUACUGGUCACCUACUGGUUCUACUGGUCCCCGCUGCGCUCUUCUGGUCUUUACUGGUCUCUGCUGUUCUCUGCUUGUCUCUGGUGGUACCUGCUGGUCUAUACUGGUCCCUGCUAAUUUCUCUUGGUCUCUGCGGGUCUUUACUGGUCACCUACUGGUUCUACUGGUCCCUGAUUGUUUUUACUGCUUUCUCCUGGUUUUUGCUGGUUCCUUCUGGUCUCUUCUGCUAAUCUCGCUUGGUCUCUGCUGGUCUUUACUGGUCACCUACUGGUUCUUCUGGUCUCUGGUGGUACCCGCUGGUCUAUACUGGUCUCUUUUACUGGUUCCUUCUGGUCAUUACCUGGCACCGAUUCAUCUCUUCUUGUUUCUCUCGGUCUCUGCUGCCCCCUGUCGGUCUACCCUGGUCCCUGCCGGUGGUGACUGAUCACCCACUGGUCUCCCGGUCCCCG